CACAUAAGGAGACGAGAGCGAGGGCAGACUUGAUAGUAUUUGUCAAUUAAUAGACAACUCAUGUUGAGGUUUUUGAUGGAAAAGGAAGGAAAGGGUGCAUAUCGCCUUCUAGGAAAGCACACGGAUACAGCUGUAUGUUUGCCAAUGAGACGCAGAUACUCCAGCAGCUCACUGUUCUGGUGGUAUGCCAUGGCUUAGCCACAGGCCAGAUCAUCUCACAUUACUUCUUUGUCCAAAAACCCAUGACCUGGGUCAAAGGCCAUGGGUUUUGCCGGAGCCACUUCGUGGACCUCGCCAUCUUGAGCACAGAGAGGGAAUACUUUGCUCUCAUCAAUGCUAUCCCAACAAACAAGACCAUCUUUUGGCUUGGUCUGCAUAGGCAGAGCAGUGGCUGGAAGUGGACCAAUGGGGAGGAGCUGAGCUAUACACGAUGGUACAAUUACAACUAUGAGGGCCGCUGUGGAAGUUUGGAGGCCAUGUUGAAGAAAAAUGACAAGCUACUGCCUCGUUUGUGCGAUGAGCAGCACAGGAUUGUAUGUCAGGGGCCCGUUACCCCUCCGUCAGUGACCGUGGACCAUGUGAGCGUCGAUCAGGUGAAUCUCAGCUGGAACAUCUCUGCACCCAUGCAGAUGACUUCGCACUAUUACAACGUGACGAUAUGCAGCCUCGUUUGUGAGACGCUCUCCUACUCCUACACGAAUGGCUCCUCCCUGAUGAGCAUCAGCAUUUCCAACUUAACUGCAGCCACAGAGUACGUCAUACAGGUUUCUGCAGCGGUUGUCCGUCUUGACAAUGUGACCGGCAGGAAGGUGAUCCUUCAAGAUCAUCCCGCAACUUUAGAAGUUAAAACAGCCACAUCUAAUAAGAUUCACAAAAUCCUUUUCAUCGAUUUGUAUUUACUCAUCCUGGUGUUUCUGGUGCCACCCUUUGUGGUUAUUUAUCACAAGCUGAAAAAAGGUGAAUCCACAGAGAAGGUCCAGGACAGAUCGCCAGCGGAGGCCUUAGCUCAAGAGAUGGUUGUUGAACUGUUACCUGAAAGAAGAGGGUUAGAAGACCAGAAGAAAGUCAUAUUUUAGCAACUGUGAAAAACAUUUUUUAAUUUCAAGUUAAGAAGAUGUUAAAGUUUUUUUUUUUUUUUUUUU